AUGUCUGACAGUGUGAACGACAGCGACGCGGAAUCUACCCGCUCGGCCACACCUACUGCGAGUGAAUAUUCUUCGCGGUGGUCCUCGGAGCAGCCGUCUCUGGUCCCCGAUUCGAGCGCGCCUCCCUCUCCUACGCUAUCGUCUGAAACGGAGACCCGUCCAUCUACCCCGAUCGCAAGGCCCGAUACACGCAAGGGGCGCGAAAGAUCGCUGGAAGCGGAAGCUCCACCAGCUACAGUUUACGAUUUCGAAGCUUUCUGGCCGCAGCCCGUGUCGCAGACCAUCGGAAAACCUUUUGAAGGUCCCCUGAUAGCAGGCUCUGAACCCGUAACAGAGCUAUUCGGCGCCGGAAUGGAUUUCGCAACCAGUACUCCGCCUCCCCCAUCUCCUCCUCCGUCCGGACACCAAUAUGCUCCAUCUGAUUCCCAAGUUACCGAUACACCACUGAAAUCUAACGCAGACUCUCUCGACACCAAGAAGGUCGAUCAGCUUCAGUGGGCGUUGAGAGAGGAACUGGAGGACAGCUGGGUCGACGGAGGUGCCGCGUUUGUGGCUAGAGUAAUGGAGCCAAAGAAGGGCGAAAAGGGAUUCCCAGACAUUCCAUCCGACGCAAAGAUUAUGCAAUUCCUCCGGCAAUGCGAACACUUCAAGUUUGAGGAGACCAGUGCUCCGAAGGCAGGAGUUAGCGCCAAGAGUACCCGGACACGCAAGACGUCUUUGCGCUCCAAGAGGGCCUCGAGCGAUGCCUAUGGAGGAUCUAGUGGUGAGCCAGCUGCAGAGACUCCCGAAAGCCCGGUGCUCGAGAAGGAUUUGUACAAACCAUUCGAGACCAUCAUGAAUGACAUACUGAAGUUUUUCGGCCGUUCGACUCGCCAGGCGAUCGCCACGCAUGGCCAGCAAAUGCCCCACUCGCGGGAUGUACACGCGACGGAGUUGAAGACCAGCCCGGACAUCUGCAUAAUUGGCCAUGGCCCCUCGAUCACAAAGGUCCAACGUUUGCCGAACAAGCCUGUGUAUACUCACGUAGCAGCGCCAAUUGAACUCAAGCGCGAGAAAGACGCUUACGAGGGGAAGCAACCAAGCCUAGGAGAAUGGCAGGCCGAACCUCACACGAACCACAAGAUACAGCUAGCGGUCUAUGCCCGGGAAUGUUUCGUGCAGCAGCCCAAUAGACGCUUCGUCUACGGUCUCCUUCUUACGGAAAAAUUU